CAUUAUUGUAACCAUCAAAGAAAGUCUCGCAAAUUGUUAAUAUAAGUUAUUUGACCAUUUUGAAGUCAUACCACAUGACUUCUGCACCACGUUACAGUAAAGUACUUCCUUACCCACAAUCCUCAAGAGUGUGGGCGAGAUAUCCGGUUGGUGUAACUCGCUUAAUUUUGCCCCUUUUCUGUUUAUUGUUAUUUAUGCUCGGAAUUGUAUUGCCUUUCUUGUGGCUUCUAAUCGUCUCAUACACGUUUACUGAAAAUCAAAGUAGAAAAUGAAUGAGAAAUUUGCUUCCGGGGUAAUGACUUUGCGACAUCUUCAAGCAAUUUCCGACUGGCCGCAAAGCGUCUGUCGUUGAUGUUCCUGUCGUUUGUGGAACGAAAAUGUUCAACAAGAAGCCCAGGCGAAACUUUCGGCAGAGAAAACAGAGCUCCAGCGACGACGAGAAGCAGCAGCAGGAGAGCGGAGGAGAUGGAGUCGAGGUUACGAUACCUUCUCCUGUGGUGAAUAAGCAGUUCACAGUGACCCAGGGCCGUGGCAUCUCUUGCAGCUCCAAACAGGAAUCAACGACCGAGAAGAAGAAUAAGAAGCCGGCCAACAGCGACGAAGAGGAAAUCGAGAGUCUGGUAGUGACAACUGAAGAAAAAGAAUACAUAAAGAGAGAGAACGAUGCAGGGGAAACGAAAACGAGUACUGUCCUCAGUUUCUCUGACGACAGAGAAGCUGAAGAAUCGACGUUUAAAUUGAAGAAGCCUUCUGAUAAAGCUGUGCUUUUUCAAGUCAAAAAGAAGGAAGCUUCAUCUGCCAGGACCCCUCACAGCGCAGCACCAGCUGUGGUCCAUGUCCCACCAUCUGUGUCUCCCAGGCAAGAUACCGACAGUGAGUCUUCACCAAAUGAUCUGUACUCUGAUGAUGAUGAUGAUGAUGAUGACAAUGAGGAUGAUGACGGAAACAACAAUAAGGACAAUGACAGUGAUGAAGAUGGUGCAAUGUCGCCUUCAGCCAGCUCAGACUCUAGCUACUCCACUGUCAAAAAAGUGGUUAUCCCUAACGCUGAGGAGAUCCUGGCAGCUAAGAGGCAGCGCCGUGCCACUCGAGCCCAGCAUAACUUUAUUUCUCUGGACAGAGAUGGUCGGAGUUCUGCUGGUAGCACCCCAGAUCAUUACAGCAAGGACAAUGAUGAAGAAGAAGACGUACUUGAUGAUGAUGAGCCGGAUGAUCAUGAGAGGAGAAUUGAGUUUGCACCACGACUGAAGAGCAUUCGAGAGAGGAUUGCAGAGAAGCUGGGGGGAAGUGAAGGCAGCCUGUCAGGGAGUGAUGAGGAGGAGCAGGAACUAUGGGAGGAGAUGCAAAUUGGAAAGGGAGUCAAGAGACAGCAGAGAGAACAGUCCGACAGUGAGUCGUGCAGCUCCAGCAGCAGUAGACGAGACAAAAGAAGACAAAAAAAGAGAUCGGUGACAUUUCCAAAGACUCUUCCUCCUAUCAGUGUGUCAAUGGUCAAAAAGAGGAUCAGAGCAAAACUGGAGUCCCUGUCGGAGGUGCACAGAGCUCGGCAGGCAGAGCUCAGGAGGAUGGAGGGGGACGUUGAAGGUGCCACAACCUCAGUGGAGUCUCUGAGUGAAAGUUCCUCUGAGAGCCAGCUGAAGUUUUACAGGAGCAUGGCUCUCUAUGUCCACAACUUGGUGGAGUGUCUGCGGGAAAAGGUUGUGGAGAUCAACUCAUUAGAGCUGGAGCUUCACUCUCUGCUGUCUGACCACAUGGAGGCGCUGUUGGCUCAGAGAAGACAGGAGGUCAAGGAGCAGGCUGAGGGUCUGCAGCAGCUCAGCUAUAACACAGAUGAACAGAGAGAAAGCUCAACCAAUGGAUCAGAAACUCCAGACAUCGGAAGCACCACUUCUAAAGCUGAGGACAACAUUGAUCUUCCUGAAGACUCAACACCUUCAGCCGAAGAAGAGGAGCAGCUGCAGAAAAAGAUGGCUGACAUCGUGCUGAAGUCCCAGGCAGUAUUUUCCGACGUUCAGAAUGAUUUCUGUGACGUUAAAAAGAUUCUGAGUCGCUUUGAAGAAUGGAGACGAUCUUACUCGGAGACUUACCACAGUGCCUACAUCUCUCUCUGUCUGCCCAAGUUGUUGAAUCCAAUCAUUAGACAUCAGCUGCUGGCGUGGAACCCACUAAAGGAUGCCAGCGGGGACUUUGAAAACCUCCCAUGGUUCACAGCACUGGAGACGUUCUGUUAUGGACAUGGUCACGAGGAGCUCGAUCACAUAGACAGACAGACAUUGUCUAAUGUCAUUGAAAAGACUGUCCUACCCAAAAUAACAGUGUUUGUGGAACUCAUUUGGGAUCCAUUGUCCCGCCAACAGUCGGUCUGUCUGUCUGAAGUCUGUCACAAACUGAAGGAGGACUAUUCCAUCUUUGAAGGGGAGCAGAGUAAACCAGUCAAGACGUUUACAGAGGCUGUGGUCAGGAGACUAAAGAGCUGUGUCGACGAAGACGUCUUCAUCCCUCUUUACCCCAAAAAGGUCUUAGAGGACAAGUUGUGUCCUCAGAGUCGCUUCAGGGAGCAGCAGUUGUGGAUGGCCAUAAAACUUCUAGAUAACAUGUGCAAAUGGGAUCUGCUGCUUCCUGAGACUCCAUUGAAGGAGCUGAUGUUGGACAAACUGCUGAACCGAUACCUGAUGAUCACUCUGUGCAGUCAGACCAACUCUGACCAUACAUGCAGAAGGAUAGCGGAGAGUCUUCCGCUUUCCUGGUUCAAAGGAGUGAACGCUUGUUUACCUCAGCUCCAGAACUUUAGAAACCACCUCAUUCAGAGAGUUCAUUCAAUCUGCAAGCAACAUUCUCCUGAGGAUCCAAACACCAGGUCUGCUGUGGUUGAACUGCUGCAGGUUCUGAGCAGAAUCAGGUGUAACGACUCCAUCAUGACGAUUGCAGAGAAAUAUCACUAUGAAGACGUCAUCUACUCUCACCAGCUGCUAAACCAAGACCCGGAGUGAACAUCAAACAGUGCCAAUAACUUACAACCAAGGAAUGGCAAAUUAUGCCUAAAAUAAUUUGUCCAUACAAUGUCAGAGAUAUUUUUGUCAUUUGUUUUGUACUGAAAAUAACUGUAUUUUUUAUGAAUAAACUUUGAUUGUCGAUA